CAUCGCUCGGAACCGCUCAGAGCCGCCCCGGUCGCCGCGGACUCCACAUUCCAACGUCGCUGUGCUGCCGGUCUACGAACCAGUGCUAAGUGACUGAGUGACCGUCUUCUACCCGUGCGACACUAACAAACUACCAACAUGUCUGACGAAGAGGAAUAUUCUGGCUCCGAAGAGGAGGAAGUAGAAGAAGAAGUCGUGGAGACGAAGCCCGCUCCCAAACAAGAGAGUAGACCGUCGAUCGCGGGUGAGGGAGAUCCAGAAUUCAUCAAGCGUCAAGAUCAGAAGCGGUCGGAUUUAGAUGAACAGCUGAAGGAAUACAUUAACGAAUGGCGUAAACAGAGGUCCAAGGAAGAAGAUGAGCUUAAACGUCUCAAAGAAAAGCAGGCCAAGCGCAAGGUAUCUCGCGCUGAAGAAGAGAAGCGCCUCGCCCAGAAGAAGAAGGAAGAGGAAGAGAGGCGAAUCCGCGAGAUUGAGGAGAAGAAACAGCGCGACAUCGAAGAGAAGAGACAACGGCUCGAGGAGGCUGAGAAGAAACGCCAGGCCAUGCUCCAGGCGAUGAAGGAUGCCUCCAACAAGACCGGACCCAACUUCACCAUUCAGAAGAGAAGCGACAACCAAUUCGGCCUCAGCAACGCUCAACUGGAACGCAACAAGACAAAGGAGCAGUUGGAGGAGGAGAAGAAGAUCUCCCUCUCCAUCCGCAUCAAGCCGCUGAACAUCGAGGGUCUCUCCGUGGACAAGCUGCGGCAGAAGGCCACCGAGCUCUGGGAGUGCAUCGUCAAGCUCGAGACCGAGAAGUACGAUCUCGAGGAGAGGCAAAAGAGACAGGACUAUGACUUAAAAGAGCUCAAAGAAAGACAGAAGCAACAGUUGAGGCACAAGGCCCUUAAAAAGGGUCUUGACCCCGAAGCACUCACAGGCAAGCACCCCCCUAAAAUCCAAGUAGCGUCCAAAUAUGAAAGACGCGUCGACACACGUUCAUAUGACGACAAAAAGAAGUUGUUCGAGGGUGACCUAGAGAAAUUGAACAAGGACUUCCUCGAGAAGGUGUGGCAAGAAAGGGCUGAGCAGUUCGGAGGCAGGCAAAAGACGAGACUGCCCAAAUGGUUCGGCGAGAGGCCCGGCAAGAAGAAGGGUGAGCCCGAAUCGCCAGAAGGCGAAGAGGACGUCAAGGCUGAGCCUGAGGACGACGAGGAGCCCCAGUUCGAACCUGAGCCGGAGGAGGAGGAAGUUGUAGAGGAGGAGGAAGUCGAGGAGGAGGAAGAGGAAGAGGAGGAGGAACAGACAAAACCUGCAAGGAGCUACUCUCGAGCCGCCGCGUCGACUGUACUGUUUCAUAACCAAUCCAUUAACUAAUUAUAAAUUAUUUUUAUUAUUUAUACGUUGACUUGUACGAAACAUGGACUAUACACGUCGCAACAUCGCUGACGACGCAUUAAACUAAUUUAUUACAUAAGA